AUGGCAUCUUCUUCCGACGCCUGGAUGAAGGAGUACAAUGAAGCGGCAAAGCUUGCGGAUGAUAUCACUGGGAUGAUAUCUUCUCUCCCUGCAGCUGGACCUGAAAGCCAACGUCAUGCUUCUGCUGCUCGGCGGAAGAUCACCAUAUUGGGUACCCGACUUGAUAGCUUACAGACCCUCUUGACAAAGCUUCCCGGAAAGCAGCAAGUUUCGGAAAAGGAGAUGAACCGUCGCAGAGACAUGAUAGGGAACCUGAGGACGAAAGCCAACCAGAUGGCUUCUUCGUUGAACAUGACAAGCUUUGCUAACAGGGAUAGUUUGUUAGGCACUGAAAUAAAGCAAUCUGACAUCAUGAGUCGAACGACUGGUUUGGACAACCAUGGCCUUGUUACUUUUCAGCGUCAAGUUAUGAGAGAGCAAGACGAGGGGCUUGAGAAGCUGGAGGAGACAGUAAUAAGUACAAAACACAUCGCCUUGGCAGUCAAUGAGGAACUAGAUCUUCACACCAGACUUAUUGAUGACUUGGAUGAACAUGUGGAUGUGACGGACUCCCGCUUAAGGCGAGUGCAGAAGCAACUGGGAGUAUUGAACAAGCGGACCAAGGGCGGCUGCACCUGCCUGUGCAUGCUUAUGGCCGUAAUUGGGAUCGUGGCUCUGGUUGUGGUCAUAUAUAUGCUGAUCAAGUACUUAUGA